AUGGGGACUCUGAGAGUUCUGCUGCUGUUGGUUCCCCUGCUGGUCUCUGUGGACCGCUCAGUUCGCCCACCUGGUCCUCCUGGUCCCCCUGGUCCUUCUGUAAUGUCCUGUGUGGUCAGGGAGUGAGGCAGAGGAGCAGGAAGUGUUAYGGCAUCGGUGAAUCAGAGUGUGAGGGCCCUCAAGACAAACUACAAACAGAGCCGUGUAACGGCACCUGCUGCACAGAUCCUGGCUGGGACUCCUGGCUCCCCUGGACCCCCUGCUCGGUCAGCUGUGAAGGACAAGGAUUCAGGCAGAGACAGAGGGUCUGCUCCAGCCCCCUCGAGUGUCAGCACCUGGCUUGCACGGGCCACUCAUUCGAGACGGAGAUAUGUGAGGCCCUCAACAAAUGUCCAGUCCACGGGGGUUGGUCCGGGUGGACUGCUUGGUCUCAGUGUUCCGGUACGUGCAUCAAYGACCAGCCUGGAAGCACAAACGUGCCCACAAGAGAACGACAGCGCUCCUGCUCAAACCCCACCCCUUCCACGGACACGAACCCACMGGGCAACAGUUGCCCAGGAGACUCYGUCCAGAGGCAGACCUGCAGCGAGUUGCCCAACUGCCCAGUGGAUGGCAACUGGGGGGCGUGGUCUGCGCCUGGACCGUGCUCCGUCACAUGUGGGGAGGGGCUGCAGCUGUCCAUGAGGGAGUGUGACAGCCCCGCCCCUAAAUAUGGUGGCAAAACGUGUGAGGGGUCGAGCACUCAGACCAGAGUCUGUCGGAGUCCCUGCCCCGUUCACGGGUUCUGGUCCGGAUGGUCAAACUGGGGCGAGUGUUCAUCUCCCUGUAUACCACAAAACCAGCCAUCCGUUAGGACUCGCCAACGCUCGUGCUCUAACCCCGCCCCCUCGUCAAACCCACGUGGGCUCUCUUGUGAGGGUGAAGCCACCCAAUCAGAAAGCUGUGACCAGCUGCCUUACUGCUCAGUGAACGGCAACUGGGGUCCGUGGUCUCCCUACACUCCCUGUCYUGUUACCUGUGGGGUCGGCCUCCGGGUGUCCUUCAGAAGAUGUGAUAGCCCUUCUUCCAAACAUGGAGGCCAUCCAUGUCCCGGAGAAGAAAAACGAAGCAUCAUCUGUUCAACAAACGUUCACUGUCCAGUUAAUGGUGUCUGGUCAGAGUGGACCCCAUGGGGAAAAUGCAAAUUUCCAUUUGGUGAUARGGACAUCCACUGCAGGCCGAUGGGUGGCAAGCAGUCCCGAGAGCGCAGGUGUCUUCAUCAAGCUCAUAACGGGUCCAUCUGCGAAGGAGACAAACUGUCAGAAUCCCAGGUCUGCUACGAUGUCGACAACUGCCGCCAGAUCUGCCAAAGCAAAACCAGCUGCGUCCCAUUGAAAGGCACCUGGAGAGGCUGGGGAGAAUGGGAGUACUGUAAACCGUCUUGUGGAGAAAACUCUAAACGCAGGAGGUUUUUGAUCUGUAAACCGGACUUCGAGRGUUACAGAAAAACCAUCGGUCGACUAGGGGAAGAGGCUACCUUCUCUGGAACCCCAAAACCCGACUGCGGCAACACGCCAGAUGGAGAGAAAAAAUUCCAGUUUCAAGAGUGUCACAACGUUCCUCCCUGCACCGACAAUUAAACCGUGUCUUUACACCAAGGCAGUGAGUGCAAAAACUGCUCCAUUCUGUAUUUUUGUGCUGUUUUUUAUUAAAACUUUUUCAGGUUGACAGGUUGCACUCUGUAUGUGCUGCCACCUAGUGGACAUUUUAUUUACAAGUAGAACGGAACAAAAUGGUUUGGACUGAAACAAACACAUGAAUUAUGCAGUUCUUAUGAGCCAAAAAGAAAAGCAGUAAAUUUGAUUGGCCAUUUGUUUAUAUAUUAUAUUACAGAUAUUUGUUUAUCUAUAUUUCUUCCAUAAUGAGACCUGACCUGAAAUCCACCUGUUGCAGGUAAAGUUUGUGUAAUUCAUGUUUUUUUUUUUUUUAUCUGUGAUUGUUUCUGCCUCCAUCAGCACAUUGUUGCCCCUUAGAGGCAAUCUCAGGAAUAACAACCUAAGGUGUGGUCUUCGUUUGGCUGUUUUAAUGCUUCUUAUAUCUUUGAUCUGCUUCUAUAGUAAAGCAUAUUUGUGAAGUAAGACUAAAAGUAAAAAAAUAAUAAUAAAUAGUCUGAAUGAUUUUUCAUGCUCAUUUCUGAGAUGUAAUAAAUUCUUGUAGGCCUCUUGUCUUUUUGUGCAAACUGUCAAUCUGUUUUGAAACAAAUAAAGGAAAAAGCUUAUUUUAAUUUUG